AUGAAGUUCAGCAUCACCUCCCUCCUCCUCGCGGGUCUUGCCUCCACCGCCGCCAGCGCUCCUGCUCCUGAUGGCCCGGCUGCCGCCACAGCAGGAGAUACCGUCGAAGCCGCCGCCAGCAAAAAGUUCUUCCUCGUGGUGCAGUCGUCUGACGCCCGCGUGACGGGCCUCUGCGUCAACCCGUACCACACGGGCGCCGGCACCUCGACCAACCAGAUCCAGCAGUGCGGCCCGGCCCCGCCCAAGCAGUACAACUUCAACAAGCAGAAAUUCAAGCUCAACUACCUCGGCUACGGCAGCGGCGACGACAAGACCAAGUCAUCGCUGCGUGCGGACCCGGGCCUUCCGUACAGCAGCUGGGGCGACCUCAGCAUGGACGCCGCCGACCCCGGCACCGAGUUCACGUAUUCCAAGGACACGGGGUUCUUGCAGAAGGGUGCUGCCGAUGGGCUGGGCUUUAUUGCGUGCAGGUGGUCGCACGCGGGCGGGUGGCAGCUCUUCGCACUGGGGGAUCAGAAUGCCCCAAUCCUGGCGAGUUGUGCCAAGGUCAAGCUGUUGAAGGGAUGCUACAACACUGACCCGAACUGUGUGAACAACACGUUUUGA